AUGGAUAAGACACAAGAUCCUACGGGAUCAGAGGUUGUGCACCAUGUAGAUCCUGCGUUGGAUCCAGAGAAUCAACAUCAUCAUGCUCAUCAACACCAUACUGCUUUCGCCGAACAGGGACGCCAGGAUGAAGUGGUCUACACCAAAGAUGCGCCAUUCGAGAAAGGGCCUGAACCAACACCUUUGGAACAGCGCAGCAAGAACUCCGACGAAGAAACUGGGGAGAACCUGCCAGCUCAGCGCACUUGGUAUCGCCGCGUGGGAAAGCAAUGGAGACAUAUGGUUCAUGCGGUGGUCUGGCUUCUGUUUACUGGUUGGUGGAUCGCCGGCCUGAUACUACACCGACAUGAUAUUGGAUGGCUCAUCCCAUUCCUGCUCUAUCUGGCUAUCACGCUGCGGAUCCUCUUCUUCUACGUCCCCAUCACUAUAAUAUCAAAGCCCAUGCACUGGGUAUGGGAGCAUACUGCUCACCCUUUCGUGCGCCUGAUCCCCGAGAAGCUAAGAACGCUUAGCGCCGCCGCGCUAUGCAUCGGUGUGAUUCUUAUUGGUGCAUUUGCGUCUGAAGAAUCACUAGAUAACACACGCGAAAACCGUGCAGUCAGUCUGUUCGGAAUGAUAGUAUGCAUCUUCGGAUUAUGGGCCACAUCUCGAAACCGCAAGAAGAUCCUUUGGCACACUGUCAUUGUUGGCAUGCUAGCACAAUUCAUUAUUGCGCUGUUCGUUCUCCGCACUAAGGCAGGCUACGACAUCUUCAACUUCAUCUCAGAGCUAGCCCGUCAUCUGCUUGAUUUUGCCGUUGACGGAGUCAUCUUCUUGACCAGCAAGGAUUUCUACAAAUUUAACGAUGGGUUUGCUCCAUCGCAAUUCUUCCUCAUUACCGUUUGCGCUGCCAUCGUCUUUUUCGUCUCGUUCGUCCAGCUGCUGUUCCACUGGGGAGUCAUCCAGUGGUUCAUCGGCAAGUUUGCCGUCUUCUUCUUCUGGAGCAUGCGCGUUUCUGGUGCCGAAGCCGUUGUCGCUGCCGCAUCUCCCUUCAUUGGCCAGGGUGAAUCAGCCAUGCUGAUCCGUCCCUUCAUCGCCCACCUUACCAUGGCCGAGCUGCACCAGAUCAUGUGCUCCGGUUUCGCCACCAUCGCAGGAAGUGUCCUGAUCGCCUAUAUUAGUAUUGGUGUUAACGCACAGGCAAUGGUCAGUGCCUGUGUCAUGAGUAUUCCUGCCUCCCUUGCGGUCUCGAAGAUGCGCUGGCCCGAAGAGGAAGAGACUCUCACUGCAGGCCGUGUCAUCAUCCCCGAUGAUGAAGAGCACCGCGCCGCCAAUUCCCUUCAUGCAUUCACCAACGGAACCUGGCUCGGUCUUAAAAUCGCCGCCAUGAUUACAUCAACUCUCCUCUGCAUCAUCGCUCUCAUCGGUCUAGUCAACGGCCUCCUCACCUGGUGGGGCCGAUACCUGAACAUCAACGAGCCCACAUUGACCCUCGAGUUGAUUGUCGGAUACAUCUGUUACCCUAUUGCCUUCCUACUCGGCGUUUCCCGCGAUAAGGACCUGCUCAAGGUCGGCAAGCUGAUUGGUACCAAGCUCGUCACCAACGAAUUCGUCGCCUACGAUCGCCUUCAACAUAAUGAGGAUUAUGCAGAUCUCUCCGACCGCUCUCGCCUUAUCGUUACAUACGCGCUCUGCGGAUUCGCCAAUAUUGGCUCCCUCGGUAACCAGAUCGGUGUCCUGUCGCAGCUUGCGCCUGGUCGAGCUCGCGAUGUGUCCCGUGUUGCAGUCAGCGCUAUGAUCACUGGAGCCAUUAGUACUUUCACUAGUGCGGCAAUUGCUGGCUUGUUGAUUACCGAUGAGAAGCAGUACUUCAGUGCAACUGCCACUUAG